GUUACCAACACUAGAGAAUCAUACAUAGAACAAUCUCACGUGACUAUAAUGUAUAGGUGAUACGGAAUUAUCAUCAUGCAUAUUUCCAGGAUAUCAAUAUUAAUACUGAGUUGUUUGGGAUGUGUGAGGGCUGUAUUCAAUACAACACUCGCCAACGACAUCCACACAGCAGUGAUGACCAAUUAUAACUACCUAGUCCGACCUUCGGCCACGGUCACCGUCAGGGCCGAGCUCAGUGUGCUGACCAUUAACGACGUGGAUAUUCGGGCACAGAAGAUGUCCUCUUCCGGCUGGAUAUCGUUUUACUGGACCGACAGUCGCCUCACCUGGACACCCUCCACCUAUAGAGAUAUAGAAUACAUCUAUCUAGCAGCCUCUAAGAUAUGGAAGCCCGAACUCGUCGUAGACAAUACUGUUGGAGAGAUAGAGACCUUGGGUUCAUCAGAUCUUCUGUUUCGGGUGAAGUAUACCGGCGAGGUGAAGUGGGAUCCACCAGGUUUGUAUGAAACCCACUGUGAAAUAGACAUUACUUGGUAUCCAUUCGACAAACAGAAGUGCAGCAUCGAACUCACGAGCUGGGGUUUUAUAUCAAAUCACGUGACAUUGGAACAUUACGUGACCUACGUCAAUAUGGAGAAUUACGAAUCAAACGGGGAAUGGAACCUUUUGAGUACGGAACUUUCCUCCAGUAUACUCACAGAGGAAGGGGAGACAUUCUCCCAGCUUGUGUUCUCCAUGGAGAUCCAGCGGAGAUCAGGGUACUACAUCCUCAACGUCAUUUACCCGAUAACACUGGUCGCCGUGUUGACGACGGUUACGUUUUUGCUUCCGGCCGACUCUGGCGAGAAGAUCUCUUACAUCCUAACUAUCCUACUUGCCCUGGCUGUUCUCCUGACGAUCAUAGCUGACGCCAUACCUACCACUUCCCUACACACCUCCGUGCUGGGUGUGUUUUUGUCAGUAACCCUGAGCUACGCCAUGAUAGCGAUUGUCAUCACAGUCCUCACUCUCCGCCUCCAAGUAAAACCAGAGGGCACAAAAGUACCAAGAUGGCUCCAGAAACUCUGUACAUCCUGCUUAGUCAAGAUCAUAUGUUACAAAAAGGACGAUGUAGUAGAGCUAAAUACAAAGGACAACCAGGAAACCGAGGAUAUUAAAAAAGAGACAAAAAUCAAAAAGAUCAUGAAAGAAAAGCUGAAGAGAAAACCAGUCACUUCGGCCUGGAACCCCGACGACGAUACUGUGAAGGAGGGUGACGAGGAAAACCCGAAAGAUUUUGAUGACUGUCCCUAUAACAAUAAAGAUGUGGCGGAGAUCAUUGACCGGUUCUGUUUCUACCUUUACGCUGUACUAAACUUGUUGACAACAGCGACAUUUAUGAUUGUGCUAGUGGUGGGAUCCGCACUGGCCUCGUAGUACAGCUCACGAGUAUCGACUGUAAAGGCGACAUGUUUUGAUCAAUCCGCUUCAAUUUACCUUCUUGUAUAAAGUGGUGUGUUGAUUGCGA